AUGUCCAAGAGAUUAAACGGUCUUAAUGUCAAUCCGGGUCCCAGGAAGGCUCACAGGGAAGUUGUGCGAGGCGACGAGUCGAACCACCACCCCCGCCAGGUGAGGCCGCCGCCGCCUCGCAGGGACCAGCGGGCGCUCCACCUCCCGGAAUCCCGGCGCCCGCUGGGCGCUGAGGCUGCCGCCGCCGCCGCCCGCCCCGUCCGGUCCGGUCCCGGGAAAGGGCGCGACACCCGAGGGGACCGCCGCCUGGCGGUGAGCGAGCGAACGACGGGCUCCGAAGGCGGGGGAGGGGGCAGUUCCCUCCGCUCCGCCGAACCUCCCACCCCUCCGGGCCUCCAGCCGCCCCGACGGCCCGCUGCCUCUCCGCUUCCCUUCGGCCGCCGCGCAGCCGUCCAGCCCGUCCCCGAAGCCCGCCCGCCCGCCCGCCAGCCUCCCCACAAGCCCGAGCCCCGCUCCUUCCGCCGCUGCCCCGACGGUUACCAGGGCUUCCCGGCGCCGCGAGGCCGUCGCCCCGACGCGAACCGUCCCCCCGCCAAGUCCCAGGCUCACUCACCCCGGCCGCGAGGCAGCGAGGCGGCGUCUUCCUCUGCGACUCCGGCUUCCAGCUUGGCGGUCCCAGGACGUGGCUGCCAAUCACCCGAUCUCCGCCCCGAGCCGCGGCCAGACUGGCCAAUCAGCGGCCUCCUCCGGCCCGGAGGCGGGCCCCGGGCUCAGAGCGGAAGGCUUAGGGUGCCGCCCCACGCGCCGGCGGCCGCCCCCUCGCAGCCAUUGUACGCACGCGCGGGGCUCCGCUGGGUGCGGGCGCUUUUCCUGGGACCUCGCUUUGUGGCCUCACUGCUCCGCCCCGGGAAGCACUUUGUGUGGAAACCUCGGGCCUCUCUAGGGGUGCGGGACGACCCAUGUUCUGAAUGCAGCCUGAAGCGGCAUCUAAAGAGGUCACCCAUGGUCACUUCUUUCUGGUAUUCACAAGCUCCCAUGUCCAGUAGCCUGUGAGAAACUGAAUUCUGCGAACAGCCAUGUGAGUGAAUCUGGAGAAAGAGCCUCUCCCACUUGUGCCUUCAGAGGAAGGCCCUGAGCCAGAGAUAUCCAGCUGAACUGCACAUGGAUUCCUCAUACACAGAAGAUCUGAGAUAAUAAAUGAUUGUUGUGGCAAGCUGCUACCUUUUUUAGUAAUUAGAAAACGAUGGACAGCUAAUAUGAUUUCUGUCUCUGACACAAGAUCAAUGGUUCUUAAGUAUACUUUGAAGCUUGUUUGAAAAUACGUAAGCCCAGCCCUGCCUGGGGUGGCUCAG